AUGGAGACUUCUUCGACUAGAACUUGGGGUGUUGAUGGGAAUCCAGACUACCCUGUGGGUGAGACUCGGCUGGUAUCUCCCACCCCCAUCUUUGAAAAUCAGGUGGGCACAAUGGGUAAUCCUAUCCUUAUUGAUAUUGUCGAUCCACGAGCCGACAUCGAAGGUGGCACCAUUCCGGAGACAUUGUCCAAUGCUUCAUGGAGCCCCAUAUGUGCCGGUGAGGGUAGUAACCACCAUGGAUAUCAAGACCCUGACCUUUCUGUGGAUGGAAGAAGCGCUGGUUCUCUGGAAAUUCAGGAGGGCACGACCUAUAGUCCCAUCCUUAUUAAUAGUGUCAGUCCGCGAGCCCACACUGAAGGUGACACCAUUCCGGAGUCGUUGUCAAUCCCUCACAGAGCCCCAUCUCUGCCGUCACGUUGCACUACCAAGGGUUGUACGCAAGCCUCCACUGUAGAUGUCCAUGAUACCAGUGGCUCUCCCUCUUAUUCUCAGAAUGGCAGGGAACACUUGCCAAACGUUGAAAAGGUCAAUGGAUCUGCAAAAGCUGACGUGCAAAUCCAAACUAUUUAUAAUCCUUCUCACUCCCUCUCCAGGCUCAUACAAUCUCUAAAAAAUACCAAGACAGACUCCAUAAGAAGUUGCAUCGCACAUAGGCCAAGCCAAGAUGGGAUGGAGUUCCUUUGCAUCAAGCUGCAGUGGUACUCUCAUGCUGAGCUUGGACAACUUGCUCCGGAUCUGCUGAACGAAUAUAUCCAUGAACAAGGUCUUCACGAACUUACUGGUGCGCCGAAGAAGAGAGCAACUCCCCCGGAGCCACGGAGGUCGUCUAGAGAGAAGAGGCGUCGGACACGUUAUAGUCCCAGCAUUUAA